GCCGGCGUCGAGUGGGCGUGGCGCGGGGCGGUGCGUUCCUCCCUCCAGCUGCCACUCCGCCUCUGGCGUGUCUGUGGAGUCUCCAUGGCGACGGGACGCGGCCGGCUACUGCAACAGCACUGGCGCGGCCUCCAGGCGCUGCGUUUGCCGCCUGGCGGCGUCGGCGCGGCCGCCGGGCCCGCCGGGUUCAGCCUGCGGCAGUGCGCCGGGCGGGGAAGGCUCCGAGCCGAGUCCACGGCUGAGCGGUCUGUGUCCCUGGACAGCAUGCCUUCAGAAGUGUUGCUGAAGAUCUUUUCCAACUUGGAUGCUGUGACCCUGCUGUGUACGGGAUGUGUGAAUAAGCGCUUUUAUCAUCUGGCCAAUGACAAUUUUCUUUGGAUCAGGAUCUAUUCAGCGGCCUUUUCACCUAAAAGAUCUAAUUGGAAAGUUAAUUCGGUGGAGAAGACCGCUGGAUCUGUGAACGUGCUGUCGGUUAAGGAUAAAGAAGCUGGGUACUGGAAGAAAGAGUAUAUUGCAAAGCAGAGAGCACGUGUGAGAGCGGCGCUCGCCCAGGUUCUCAAGCCUGUGAACCCUUACACGGGCCUGCCGGUGAAGACCAAGGAGGCCGUCAGAAUAUCUGGUUUAGGUUGGGUAAUUAUAUUGAGAGAAAAAAAUGGAAAAGAAUACAUCAUGGAGCACAUUGACCUUUCCAUAAAUGACUCAUCAGUGACGAUUAUGUGGUAUGGCAAAACUUGGCCACGGCUGGCCACAUUGUCAACCCUAGAUUUGUGUGGUGUGACGCCAGUUUUUAUGGACCAGUCUAAAACCCCCUCCAAAAAUGGACCUCGGUGGCAUUCUUUAAUUGCAAAGUACAAUCUGAGUAACUUAACCGAAUCCACCAUGAUUGGCGGGGACAGACUCCUUCGGAUCUUCUGCCUGUGCCCAGGCCUGCUGGUGGGGCUGUGGAAGAGGGAGGAAGAACUGGCUUUUGUUAUGGCAAAUCUUCAUUUCCAUCAGCUUGUGGAGAAGAGCACGUUAGGCUCCGCCACCGUCCCCUACGAGCUACCUCCUCAUACCCCCCUUUUGGAUGACAACCCAGAGUAUGGACUGCAUGGCUACCAACUCCAUAUUGAUAUGCACAGCGGUGGGAUUUUCUACCUGUGUGGUACAUUUCGCAAUCUCUUUACCAAGAAAGGGUACAUUGAAGAUGGAUAUGUGAAGAUUGUUGUUAUAAGUUUUAAAAAUAACACAGAACACCUACCUCUUAUUGGAAAAGUUGGCCUCUCUUGGAGAACUGAUAUUUUUGAUGGCUGUAUAAAGGUAAUUUGUUGUUUAAUUUUCUUAAUGUAACCUGGUUUCUGUAUG